ACCCAAAAAGGAAAAGUAAAAAGAAAAACAAGAAACCAUGUUCUUUCAAGUGAUCAUACUCAUACUACUCUCAACUUUCCUUCUCGGAGCUCUCUCACUACCCCAAUCCGAAGUCCAAGCCUUGAAGGCCUUCAAAAACUCGAUCACCCACGACCCGACGGGCGCCCUCCUCGACUGGGACGAGGCCGCCCGCCACCACUGCAACUGGACCGGAGUCACAUGCGAUCCAUCUACGCGAAAUGUCAUCAACAUCACCAUGGUGGACAAGCAGUUGCAAGGCGAGAUCUCCCCAUUCCUCGGAAAUCUCUCGAGCUUGGAGGUACUCGACUUAACCCUAAACUCGUUCACCGGCCAGAUCCCCACCCAACUAGUCUCGUGCACGCACCUCACACAGCUGAUCCUCUACCAAAACUCUGUCUCCGGCCCCAUCCCACCGGAGCUCGGACGCUUGGCAAACCUGCAGCUGCUAGACCUUGGGGAUAACUCUCUCAACGGGAGCAUCCCCGACGCCCUAUGCAACUGCAGUGAGCUACUACUACUAGGCCUAAACAGCAACAACCUCACAGGCAAAAUCCCACAACAAAUAGGCAACCUAGUUAACCUACAAAUGUUUACCACUUAUAGAAACAAUUUAGAGGGCUCAAUACCUAAUUCAAUCGGGAAUUUGACACAAAUGCUAGCUUUUGAUCUAAGUGAAAACAUGCUAACCGGCAAAAUCCCUCAAGAAAUAGGAUCCAUGUCAAAUUUAGAGAUCCUUCAACUCCAUAUAAACCUCAUCUCUGGCGAGAUCCCACCCCAACUCGGCCAAUGCACGAAGCUCGUCAACCUGAAUCUCUACACGAACCGCCUCAACGGAGCCAUCCCACACGAGCUCGGGCGCUUGGUGGAUCUACAAGACCUGCGACUAUACGGAAACAAGCUGAGGUCAAGCAUCCCAACCACAUUAUACCAGCUAAGGUCACUCAUCCACUUAGGCCUCUCCCAAAACGAGCUCUCCGGCUCGAUUUCACCGGAGAUAGGCUCCCUAGCAUCCCUGGAGACCCUGACGCUCCACUCCAACAACUUGAGCGGCGAAAUCCCUCCAAACAUAACGCGUUUGAGCAACUUGUCGUACAUCUCCCUCGGCUUCAACUCGCUCACGGGGCCCAUCCCCGCAGAGAUCGGGCUGCUGCACAACCUGAUGAACCUCACGGCCAACGACAACGCCCUAGAGGGUCCGAUCCCCGCCACCAUCACCAACUGCACGCGCCUCCUCGUCAUCUCAUUGGCUUACAACCGGAUCACGGGCAGGAUCCCACACGGCCUCGGCCGCUUGCCUAACCUAACCUUCGUGUCCCUGGGCAGGAACGCCCUCUACGGAGACAUCCCCGAUGAUCUCUUCAACUGCUCUAAGCUGCAGGUGCUGGACUUUAGUUGGAACUCCUUCAACACGACGCUCAAUCCUCUGGUCGGAAAAGCUUUCGAGGCUCACGACUUUGAGAGCUAUAGGGCUGCAUUUUUUGGUGAAAUCCCAAGAGAGAUGGGCAACUUGAGCUCACUCGUUUACUUGGACCUUCCCGAAAACAGAAUUUCUGGCCUAAUCCCAAUACAAGUUUCUAGACUUUCAUUGCUGCAAGGCCUCUCUUUGAAUGAUAACCAACUCCAAGGAGAGAUUCCACAAGAAAUCUCUCUCCUCAAACACCUCACUGAUCUUCAAUUACAGAGGAAUCAACUGAUAGGCUCAAUCCCAGCUUCUCUCUCAGAACUCGACUUUCUCUCCUACUUGGACCUCAGUGGGAACAACCUCAACGGCACCAUUGAUGCAGCCCUAGCCCGUCUCAUCCGUCUCACGAAUCUUGACCUGUCAGACAACCGUCUCACCGGCUCCAUUCCCGCACCGGUGAUUGCAGGGAUCAAGAACCUGCAGCUCAAACUCAACCUCUCACACAACUUGUUGAAAGGAUCAAUCCCAGAUGAGAUAGGCAUGCUAGAAAUGGUCCAAUCAAUCGACAUCUCCAACAACGACCUCUCAAACACCAUUCCUCGUUCCAUCAGAAGCUGCAAGAACUUGAUCUCUCUUGAUCUCUCUAGCAACAAUCUUUCCGGUCAAGUUGAACAAGACAUUUUCCCUCAGCUCACUCAGCUCGUCAGCUUGAACCUCUCGAGAAAUCAACUAGACGGCGCCCUACCUCAAAAUCUUGCAAAUUUGAGGCAUCUCUCAACGCUUGAUCUAUCACAAAACAAGUUCACAGGCAGCAUCCCACAGUCCUACGCCAACAUCUCGAGCUUGAAGCAUCUCAAUCUCUCCUUCAAUCUGCUCCAAGGCCGCGUUCCUGAGCUCGCAACCACUGCUAGUUUACAAGGGAAUCCAUCUCUCUGCGGCACAACUCAUCUUCCACGAUGUACAACCAGGAAAAGCAACAAGAGAGGCCUACUAAUAAUCAUGGUACCUCUUGUUUGUGCUACUAUACUGCUAAUCAUCCUGCUCUCAGCACUCUAUGCUUUUCGAAAAAAAACCAAGAAAAGCAGUCCCAAAAGCGCACCCCCUGCAGCAGCAAUCGCCCUCAAAAGAUACGAAGCAAAGGAGCUAGCAACGGCUACGAAUUCCUUCAGCCACGAAAACAUAAUCGGCUCCACCAGUCUGAGCACAGUCUACAAGGGAAAACUGGAAGACGGGCGGGUGAUAGCAGUGAAGAAGCUGAAUUUGGAGCAGUUUGCAGCAGAGUCAGAUAAAUGCUUCUACAGAGAGGCCAAUAUAUUAGGGCAGCUACGCCAUAAGAAUCUGGUGAAGGUGCUGGGGUACGCGUGGGAGAGUCGAAAGAUGAAGGCAUUGGUGCUUGAAUUCAUGGAGAAUGGAAACUUGGAGGAGAUGAUACAUGGGUGGUCUGAUGAGGAUGGUUGGAGCUUAGGCGAACGCGUUGAGGCAUUGGUCUCGAUUGGUGCUGGAUUGGUGUACUUGCACUCUGGCUAUGACUUCCCCAUUGUGCAUUGCGACUUGAAGCCUUCCAACGUGCUUCUUGAUGCCGCUUUAAGGCCUCGUGUCACUGACUUUGGGACUGCUAGGAUGCUCGGCCUUCAUUCCGACAACGCCAUCUCUGCUUCCUCUGCGUUUCAAGGCACCAUUGGAUACUUAGCUCCAGAGCUAGCAUACAUGAGGAAAGUUACAACGAAAGUAGACGUGUUCAGCUUCGGCAUCAUAAUGAUGGAGAUGAUCACCAAGAGGAGGCCAACGGGGCUCGCAGCAGAAGAUGGAUCCCCAAUCACCUUAUCACAGCUAGUUCAUCAAACACUUGGACUCGGAACCAACGGCCUAGAUCAAAUUGUGGAUCCUUAUCUCACAUCAUCUACGACCAAGAAUCACGAGGCGUUGGAAGGCCUGCUCCAUCUCGCCCUCUCCUGCACCAUCCAGGCCCCUGAAAAUCGGCCUAAUAUGGAUCAAGUGCUGGCUUCUCUCUCUAAGAUUCGUAACAUGAGCUAGCUACAAGUGCCUUUCUCACUUCAUUGUGAAGUUGGAUAGUUUUUAGUGAGAGAAAAGUGUCAGCUUAAAUGCACCAACAUGCUAGCUUCUGUAACACAAGCUGUUCGAAAUAAUGAAUCCAUAGCCACAGAUUUACAGCA